AUGAAGCCUGCCCAGCUCUUUCUCUUCGUUGUCCUCUUUGCCGUUUCUCUGAAAUCAACAGAAGCAAUCCGACCAUCACAAUGCGUGGUCUUUGACAAUACUUCCGGGACUCCGGACACUCGGUUCGGGAGAGAGGUCGGAGUUGAUUACGCUGCGGAAGCUUUGAUAGCUGCCACCGAGUUUGUCCUCAAGACAUUCGGUCAAAGUGGGACGGGGGGGAGAGGCUACGAUCUUGUUCUGCUGGUCAUCGAGAGCUUUGUCGCCAACGGCAAACCCUUUGCCAAGACAACCACCGAUGGUGAAAGCCAGAUCCAUGUGAAUGCGGACUACCUCCAAGGAUUCCCCGGCGACCUGACGGACGAGUUCACGGGGAUCGUAUACUUCAUGAGUGGCCUAAUCUGGGAAUGGACAGGCAAUGGCAAUGCCCCAACGGGCCUCAUAACCGGGAUUGCUGACUACAUUAGGCUAACCGCCGGAUGGGGAUAUGAGGGCUGGCCUCGAAGAGGUUCGGGGUUAAGAUGGGAUGAGGGGUAUGCGACCACGGCGAACUUCUUAGAGUUUUGUGAAUUGCUCCGACCGGGGUUUGUGUCGGACCUCAAUGCCAUGAUGAUCAAUUCGUAUAGCGACUUAUACUUCUGGGAGCUACUUGGGAAGUCUGUAGAUGAUUUGUGGGAGGAGUAUAAGUUUUUCUAUGGAAGUCUUGAGCCAGCACCAGCACCAGCACCAGCACAAACUUUCACUUACUAA